AUGAUGAGCCGGAAAUGGAGAGACGAGCAGGCUCCGUCGUACAUCGAUUCUGUAUCAUCGUUCCUGAGCGAGAAUUCCUUCGAUCUCGAAUUUGUUUCCAUAGAUCCGGAUCUCAUUUUCAACUGCGAAGGACUUUCAGUGGCGUUCGUUUUUGUCACUAACUGGGAUUGCGGCAACCCUGAGCUAGUCUUCAACAGAGUUCAGAAGCUGGAGGCUCGUUUCAAAAACCUAUAUGUUGUUGUCUGCCUACCCACAAAGGAGAAGAAGGAUUCAUUUCAACGCUCUUACUUCAAAUUUGAAAGGGAGAUUGGCGGGCCAGUAACAUUUGUGCCUAUUCAAGGCUUGGAGAUGGGGUUUGAGAAGAUGAUCAAGAUAGCACUAUCAGGUGGUGCCUGCAAGCAGGAGGAUGUUACCUCAGGAAUGAAAGCUGAGGUUUGUGUGUUUAUAACAUUCUUCGUAAUCAAUUGUUACCUUCCUGUUUUGGUGUUUCUUACAACCUUGCAUACCUUCUUAUUUCAUGUGAGAAGGUGA